AUGAAGGCCUCUCUAGCAACUAGCCUCGCAGCCCUUGUCGGCAUUGCAUCUGCCUUCCAGGGCCAGGUCGAUUAUCGAGUGUCCACGGGCAGCGAAGGCAACAACCCGCAGCUUCACAUCAGGGACUACAACACCGGCUCUACUUAUUACAGCGGCGCCCUUUACCUGAACCCAGACGAGUGGCGCAACACUUAUAUGACCGGCUCCGGCGGUUACAACUUCCCAGCACGUGCCAAGAAAACUUCUACCAACUGCAUCCACGUGGACUUCCAGGGGGCACUUGAUGCUGGCUGGUACUAUUGCUGUGGUGGAGUGCCGUGUGACCUGAGGCCGCACUGA